CCAGAGACGUACAUGCCUGCUCUGUUUUUUACCAUUUUCAAAUAAAAAUGAAAGCCAAUUUGGCAUACCAAUCCAUCAUGCAUAUCGAUGGUAUACUGACCAUUGUCGUAUUACUGAUACCUGGAACAACCUCAUUAACGGAAGUGGCACUUACUUUAAAUGAAAGCGACUUGGCAGAGUUCGACGCUGGCGAUAACGGGACAACUUGCCCUUUGCAGCUCUUCCAGGAAGACCUCUGCGGCUGUAAUGCGGAGAAGAAGCCCCCAUGCCCGCUGCUGACGGUACCCACAGGUUUCUACAAAUCCCCGCAUAAUCAACGGAUUGUUUUCGCUUAUCAGUUUUACGAUGAAGUCCUGGAUGAUACUGCAUUGUCCACGUUAAUAAUUCAAGCAUUUGUCAGCGUGGAAACACGUACGGGCUGCGUGACUUUCCGGCCGGCGGAGCAGGUCUUCAGCGAGAAAUCCAUGCCGGAUGAUAUGCCGGUGAUUGUUGUCAGGAAAGCAACCGUCUGCGCGGCGAGCUUUGGCGGCACCCGCAAAAACGACCCGGAAGCCUGGCGCAUCGAACAUACGCUGUACGUAAACAGUGACUGCCUGCAAGGCAAAACCGGCAACGUGCAACGGCUCCUCAUGCUGGCGCUUGGUUUCCCGCACGAGCAUGUCCGCAGCGAUCGCGACGACUACAUUUUCAUCAACAUGCCAAACGUCAUUCCAGCGAAGAGAAAAGAAUUCCAAAAGAACGCUCCGGAUGCGGUGUAUUACCUGCAGUAUGACUACGAAUCCCUGCUGCAUCCCGGGGAGGUGUUCUCCGCCGUGGACUCCACCGUUCCGACGAUCGUGCCAAAAAAGGGGGCGAAAAUCGGACAGCGCGAAGAGAUGAGUUUUGGCGAUGUGAUGAAGAUCCGGCGCUUGAUUUGUGAAGCAAAAACGCCCGAAUGUCCGGAUGAUACUACUGUAUUCACAGGCACUGCAACACCUCCACUGAACAGCAGCCAUCCGGCUGAAGACCGUCGACAACCGCCGCCGGUAACUCCGGGCUCUAACACCAGCACUGCUCUCACAACGACAUCGCCAUUUCCUCCGGCUGUCCACAUUGCUCCCACCGCAACACAAAAGUGUAAUAACGGCAGUAUCCUGCGCGUGACCAACAAGCAGACGUUAAUUCGGUUGGACACCAUCGGUACCACCAAAAUGGGGAAUACCAUGGUUCAACGCAACACCAAAUGGUACCUGCAACCACAAAGCUCCUCGGUGUCCGAUUAUUUGGCAGGCACAUGGUCGUUCCGUGACGGCCCGACGGUGAUGCCGACGAAGAUAGAGACGGAGGUCGGUGGAGCAUCCACGCGGCGUCUCCGCACGGAGUACCCGCCGCAGUCCGCGGACGGCGUCUACGUGGAAUACACUCGCUGGGAUAGCCUCGUCGCCCAGUGUGUGCCGCCGUCGGAGUUUUCUGGCUGGUUUAAUAAAACUAGCAGAAAAGCUAACUGGAAAGCAUAAAGCUUUCAUUGCGCUUUAAAGCGGUGCGAACGCUGCUCCAUUCCACUGAUUCAGAUACUGGACAAAUUACGAACCGUUGGAAGGUGUUUAUGUAUUACCGUAUCCGUUACUAGUCAGCUUAUUACUAUUAGCAAAUUAAAACUCUAAGGAUUUUUAUUUAUUUAAUUAGAGAUCAGUACAGUAAUUUCCUGUCUAUUUCUGCAUUGGUCUUGACUGCGAGACCAUUCUCGGCUUUUUAGUUUUUUCGUAAUGCAUCAAAGCUGGUGAAAAUCUGAAUUAAAUUGCUGUA